CUUCACAUUACUUGUAGGAGUUUAACGGUUAGCCUGAGCGGUUUCCGUCACAGUGAAGUCUGUGAUUACCAUUAUGGCGCUUUUAGAAAUCAGAAUGUCGUGUGAUGAAAUAAAGAAACACAUUCCAAACGAACAGCUCCCGCUUUCUGGGCUUUCAGAGAGUCUGCCGAUGAACACGUGCCACACCAGGACACCGUAAAGAGGAUUGCACGCGCUUCCUUUUCAACUGCUCCGGGAAAGGAUUAGACUUGUAGAAACUAGUGCCUUUCACCGGAGCGGGUCCUGAAUGCUGGAGACUCAUGGCAGUUCAGCAGUGCAUAUGCCAGAUAUGCACCUGUGGGAAACAUCGCUGCCCACAGCAGCCAAAUGUAGAGGAGAAUUUAGUCCCUACUGGCUGCCUACUCACGGAGUACCAGGAGAAUUUCCUCGCUCACUGUACCACAGCCACCUGUGCUGCUACAAAACGACAGAAUGAGUGGAAGCCGUUGGAGGGAAAGGUGGAAAACACGACCACAUUCAGACGGGACUAUGUGCCCCAUACAGUGACCAGAAGGUCUACCACAGCAGCAGAAGUUUAUGUUCCUCCUGAUGGUACCAUGAUGUUGACUAGCACAUAUGCAGAAGACUACAAAAACCAUCCUGUGCAGCAGCACAUGGUGAACAAGCAAACUAGGGAAUACUCCCCUCCAACUACCAAGAUGGUGGCUACGUCCUUAUACCAAGAGGAAUUUAAGCCAUGGUCUUUAGAGAGAUGCCAGCCCUUCAGAACCAAUGACAACCUGAGAGUAAAUCAAGAGAAGUUUGUGAACACCACAACUUUCAGAGAUGACUUUUGUCCCAAGAUAUCCAGUUCAACCAGAGAGAAAUUUAAACCAGUUCCACAGAUUCAGGAGUCUCUGCCUUUUGAUGGAACCACCAACUAUAAACUCCAUUACGUUCCUCACCCUGUAAAGCCAAGGAAGCCUAGAGAGAAGGAGAAGUACAGGCCGUCCAGUGCCUCUUUUGAUGGAGUGUCCACUCACAAACAAGAUUACAAGGGUAUUCCCACAGAAGUACCUAAACCCAUAAAGGUAAAAGAUGCUUGGGGGACUAACUGUGCCCCCUUUCAGGCUACCACAGAGUUCCGUGACCAGUACAAACCCUGGUUCCUGCAACUAAAACAGGCACACAAAGUAGAGAAUGACAGACCUGUAGUAGGUAAUAUGGACUUCCUAUCCACUACACAUGCAGACUAUGUGCUGCAUGAGUAUAAGCAAGUUCAACAUGUUCGGCCACCCAUCAGUGCCUUGGAAAAGAACAAGGAACCAUUCCAGGGAAAGUCGGUCAUGAAAGAAGACUACAGAGCAUGGGACGUGGCAUGCCAACCACAGGUUAAAGACACGGUGAAGCCAUUAGGAACCUUUGAAAAUACCACCUUCAGAUCCCAGCGUAGAUGCAAGUCCAAUACCUUCAUGCAUGUGCCUAUUCAGAAUGCUUCAAGUCAUAGACCAAUGUUACAGGGCUUGUACACAGGGAAGCCACCAGGAUUUUGCCCUGCCAGUUUUGCAGCGCCACCAGGUUUUGAGUAUACCUGCAGCAAAGCAGGACAUAGGCUAUAUCGCACCAUCUCAGUGAAAGAUGUUUCACUGGCUCAAGAGAUGACAGGCAAAGGUUUGUCGUCUUCCCAGCAGCAAAAAGUCUGUCCAGGCAGGGCCAAAGACAGGAGAGCUCAUUAGAAGUUCUCAUCAACUCAGCUUAUUUUUUUAAGCACCAAGAUUGGAAUAAAAGUAUUUGAUUACAUAACAUU